CCUAAGUCACGAUGUUGUCUGGCUUCUCCAGAUAACAUUGUGACUACCAACCGUGACAAACAAGUUCUGAAUUUAUUUAUUUAAUAAACUUUUAAUAUAUAUAUAAGUCUUAUUCUAUCCUUAUAGCGGCCUAUGUUACCACUUCGAUUGUGCAACGACUUCAUAACACUCGACCGAUAGCAGUAGUACCCCAAGCCAUAGGAAAAUUAGCUUGCUACGAUGACUGGAGAAGAUAUUACGGGAAAAAAUGCGCCUACAGCCCAAGACAUGCCAACAGUAAACGACAAAAUUUCCGAAGGCAUACAAGACGAUAAUAGCGAGUCCGCUGCUACAUUAGAAGACUCGACAAAUGAAAUAAUGACGCCUGCCACUACAGAGGAUGACGUGGCACAGCCAGAAUUACCUCCCUGGUUCAAAAGUUGCAUUAAAACUUUCGAAGAACUGGUCGAAUGCGAUAUUCCAUUAACUAUCAAUGAUUCAUCAAGCAAUCAAGCACCCGAGACUGAGAGGCCUGAGAAUUAUGUGAUUGAUUCAGUCAUGUAUGAGAGUCUGUUUGACCUUGUGUUUCCUCAAGACACAAAAGGGCAACAAGACCAUUCGGAUAUGGACCUCCCUAUAAAGUUUCGCCAUGAUGCUAUGGCACUUCGGAUGCCACACAUCUCACAUGGCCAGCAAUUUCUAAAUCUGGUAGUACAGCGCUUUGCGAGAGACAUUGGAGCCGAUAUUAUCACCUUAGGACUACACGAUAUUGAGAACCUUGCAACUCAUUUUGCUACACUAUCGGGUCAUUCUCUUCCUGUUGGAAUGUCGACAUUCCGAGAUCUCUAUUUCGUAAAACCCUCGCCUAAACAAGAAAGAAAGAAGCUUCCAUUUCCGUUUGCACAAUUGUUUGCCUCGACAUCGGAUAAGAGGGGCUCUUCACAGAGAGCUACUGCGGGAAAACAAGAACGUCCUAUAAUCAUAUUACUACCUGAAGUCGCAGAAGACUUCUACAAAUGCCCUCGAGAUAUUUUGACGCAUCUAAGGGGUGCUGUCAACGAAGCCAGAAGUCAAGGCCAAGAGAUUGCAGUCAUUGCCAUAGAUAACCAGAACGAUCCAGUAUAUGGUAGUUAUUGGCCACCGCCACCUUCAGACGAUGGAGAGUUCCUCUUUGAUCUCGGGUUUAAUCCAGUCAGUGCGGUGCAGGUAAUAGUACCGAUCAAAACAGACUUACAGAAAAGGCUACUUGAACAGGACUGCAAGAAGGUAAUACAGAAAGUUAAUAUUCGGAAAAUACAGGAGAGGAUUCGAGAAAGACAAAAAGCCAGGUCUUUCUCGGGACUUUUAGAGCCACACGUUGAUUGGAAACUCCCUUCCGAGAGUUUCGCUACAAAACGGCUCAAUGACCCUUACUUCAAGGACCGUGAAAUGGAAUUAAUCGCAAGUGCCUUGGGCGCCAACUUAACUAUUGAAAACGUCGAAAAGGCAUUUGCGAGACUCAAGAUGCUAAACGAGUGGAUGCAAGAAAAGGAGGAGACGUCACCGUCAGGACAAUGGGAUCGCCUCCACGAGGAUGCACGGAGAGCAAUCGAGACGAUCAAAGGUGAUUCUAUCAAAUAUGAAUACGAACACAUAUUGUUGGACUCUAUUGUCAACUCUGACACCGUCGAACAGAGCUGGAAAGACAUCGAAGUCGACGAAGACACCAAAAGCACAAUCAAACAACUCAUAGACCUAGCCAGCUCCGACCCAAAAUCCCAAUACGGCCUCUUAAGCAAAUCUCGCAUUCGCGGCGCCUUGCUCUACGGCCCGCCAGGAACAGGAAAGACGCAGCUGGCCCGAGUCUUGACGCACGAGUACAAAGCCGUCAUGAUCCACGUCUCCGCAGCAGAGCUUCAAAGCAAGUGGGUCGGGGACUCGGAGAAGCUGAUCAAGGCUCUCUUCAACCUCGGCUCGAUGGUUGCUCCCAGCAUCAUAUUUAUCGACGAGGCGGAUGCCCUGUUCCGGAAGCGUGGCUCGGACGACCGGAGCUGGGAACGGAGCCAUCUCAAUGAGCUACUGAACCAGCAAGACGGGUUAAAAGCCUCUAAGAUACCGCCGUUCUUGCUGCUCGCGACGAACCAUCCGAAUGACCUCGACGAUGCUGUCAUGCGCCGUGUACCCGCGCGUUUAUUCAUCGGCUUGCCAUCCCGCUCUGCCCGCGAGAAAAUCCUCGGCAUAUUCCUCCGAGACGAGAAGGUAGACUCGAGCGUAAACUUCUCGCAUCUAGCCGGUCGCACCGCCGGUUUCACCGGAUCCGACAUCAAGACGAUCUGCACUCAAGCAGCGCUUAUCUGCCAAAACGAGCUCGACAAGUCGGACAAGUCCGGCGAGACCCGGGUGCUCACCAAGGGGCACUUCGACGCCGCGUUGGCACGAACCGGUCCAACCGUUUCCGACGGCGCCAUCCAGCAGAUCCGAGACUUCGCGAAGAAAUUCGACCCUUCCGCGAUCCAAAAGAUGGAUAGAAUAGGCAGAGACCAAGAAACCUCUGAUCUGCCAAAGGAAGACGUCGCCGAUCCAGCACAUACAACGCUGGAUGAUAUCUGGAGGAAAUACGACAGCAUUGCAGGCGGUAAGAAACCUAAGAUGAAUGGCUUUUAAGAUAGUUAUAUUUAGAAACCCCUCCGGGAACGUGGAUUGUGAAGACGAGCUGCUCAAGUUUAAGCAAUAUGCUGGAUGAAGUGAAACGAUACACAAUAGAACGUGGUAGGACCUGUGAGGCAGGGUUAACUCAAUAUACAUGUUAGAUUAAUUGGAUCUGGGUUGGGGGGAAGCAUUGCAUUUGGUGAUACCUAAUAGAAU